AUGGGUUGUCACUUCCGGUGCCAAAUAGCGACAAUAUUGCACGUGAUGGCGUCGGCGUUGCGUUUGAUAUACUGUGCUUCAAGACCAGGCACCUUUGCAGCAAGUCGGAGUAUAACCAGGCCGUUCAGUGUGUCUGCACAGAGAGAGGGCUUCAAGUAUGUAAACGCUCAGGAAGAGGCCACAGACAUGAAGUCCAUCACAGACCGAGCCGCGCAGACGCUGCUGUGGACGGAGCUCUUUAGAGGUCUGGGGAUGACUAUGAGCUACUUAUUCAGAGAACCAGCGACCAUCAACUAUCCGUUUGAGAAGGGGCCUCUGUCGCCGCGUUUCAGGGGGGAACAUGCUCUGAGGAGGUAUCCCUCGGGAGAAGAACGCUGCAUCGCCUGCAAACUGUGUGAAGCCAUAUGUCCGGCUCAGGCCAUCACCAUCGAGGCUGAGACCAGGACGGACGGCAGCAGAAGAACCACUCGCUACGAUAUCGAUAUGACCAAAUGUAUUUACUGUGGCUUCUGUCAAGAGGCCUGUCCGGUCGACGCUAUUGUAGAGGGUCCCAACUUUGAAUUCUCGACAGAAACGCACGAAGAGCUGCUGUACAACAAAGAGAAACUCCUCAACAACGGCGACAAGUGGGAGGCGGAGAUCGCAGCUAACAUUCAGUCCGACUACCUCUAUCGAUAA